UUUCAUGAGGGCAAAACCGUCAUUUCAUAGUUAUCUGGUAAAGAGCGGGUGCGCUGCUUGAGUUCGAAGCAUUGGAGGGUCCGAAAACAAAGAGCCUUACCCUUUUUUUGUUCUUUUUGUAAUCUUUCACUCUGCCAUAAACCUCGAAAAGUCCUAGAGAGAGAGAGAGAGAGUACAAGACAAACCCUAGAGAGAAGCAGAGAAGAAAGAAGAGGUAGAAGAAGAAACAGCCAUGGCGAACAGCUCCGCGGCAGCAAAUUUGGAAGAUGUGCCCUCAGUGGAUCUCAUGAAUGAGCUCCUUCGUCGAAUGAAGUGCUCCACCAAACCCGAUAAGCGUCUCAUCCUUAUUGGUCCACCUGGGUCAGGAAAAGGCACCCAAUCACCAAUUAUUAAGGAUGAGUACUGUUUGUGUCACUUGGCAACUGGUGAUAUGUUAAGAGCUGCAGUUGCAGCUAAGACCCCUCUUGGACUCAAGGCUAAAGAGGCUAUGGACAAGGGAGAACUUGUUUCUGAUGACCUGGUUGUUGGCAUAAUAGAUGAAGCAAUUAAGAAGCCUUCGUGUCAGAAAGGUUUCAUUCUUGAUGGAUUUCCAAGGACUGAGGUCCAAGCACAGAAGCUUGAUGAGACACUGGCAAAGCACGGAGUAAAAGUCGAUAAGGUGCUCAACUUUGCAAUUGAUGAUGCAAUCUUGGAGGAGAGGAUUACUGGUCGCUGGAUACACCCAUCCAGUGGUAGAACCUACCACACGAAAUUUGCCCCUCCCAAGACUCCUGGCGUUGAUGAUGUUACUGGAGAACCUUUGAUUCAACGUAAGGAUGAUACUGCUGGUGUUCUGAAAUCAAGGCUGGAGGCAUUCCACAAGCAAACUGAACCAGUAAUUCGAUACUAUUCCCAGAAGGGCUUAGUUGCUGAUCUUCAUGCAGAGAAACCUCCCAAAGAGGUCUCAGCCGAGGUCCAGAAAGUACUUUCUUCGUAAAAAAAGAAACAGGGCCAACUCUGCAUUUUUUAACUUUGUUUCUCCAUAACUUUUGCAAGUCCUCAUGGGCCUUUUGUAUUAUUUAAUACAAUUGAAUCUGGAUUGACCUUUUUUUAUGUCUAUUUCAUUGAUUUUCGGAUUGCAAAUGGCGGCUGCUGUCAAAACUUUUUGAGGGGUUUUAGUGAGUAGAAAAGUUUCAAAUAAAAAAUUCAAUGGAAUUGUUGGUU